AUUAGUGAAAUGUAUACAUAAAACCAUUAAGUGAAUUAUGCAUUCAAGUAGCGUAGUGUUAUUUGUGGGCUUGGCUUGUCUACUAGCGCAAACCAAGAGAAAUGAUAUGUAUGCAGAUCUACGCCAAAAACAGCAAAUUUUGUCUACUGAGAGAAGAAAGUCAAGUGCGGCUCAAAUUGUGGCUUCUAGUUGAAUACAGAGUCCGACAAAUCGCGCAGAAAAAACGGAGAAUCAAAUAGAAAACUCAGUAAUUGUAAUGUGAGAAGGGCAAAAACCUUUGUGCAAUUGCAUUAAGACACUUUCAAGACCUUGCAACAAAAUGUUGCAACAAUUACGUUUGCUAAUUUCCUUGCCAGAGCGAAAUGUCACGACGAAAGCAUUAAUUUCCCAUUGCGAAAUCAAAAGUAAAAAUAAGAAAUAAACGCAAUAACAAAGGAUUAAUUAAUAAAACAAAAUAACGGCAAGAAAAUCUACGCGCAACUGUGCAACACUACGGAAGCUGCGAGUCUACACAGCGCAAUAUCCGCUCACCAGAUACGAACGAGAGGAAACUCAUUUGCGCCAAACUGUAAAACACGGCAGAAAGCAGAAACGCGACAAAAUAAGCAGACGCACGAGACGCUGCCACAUUGUUGUUGCAUGCAACAAAUAGCAACAACGCGUAAGCGUUAAGUAUUUCAUAGCGCAAGUGCAAGUGCAAGUGAUUUAUUGCGCUCAAGGUUGCAGCGGACAGCAGGCGCAUAAAAUGCUGCAACAAAUAAUUACAACAACAACAGCAAUUAUAAACUGCUUAUUAAUUUCUUAAGCACAAAUUCAUUUACACACAAGCGUAUCUGCAACAUGUUGCAUGUGGCCAUACAGCGCUUGGCGUCAGCUGAUGCUGCUAAGGCGGCGGCGGCGCUCCCGUCAACAUCGUCCGCAGCCGCGGCCGUAGCGACGUUCGACAGCGCCAGCUCCGAGCAGUUGUGGGGCAGUAAUAUAUUCAAUGACGACGGCAGUGGCGAGGAGUUGUAUGAGGCGUCUGGCUUUGCGGUGUUGUGGAGCACCGACAGCAACAACAAUAAUGUCACAUUUAAUACCACAGAAUUCGUAAUGGCUUCCGCGAAUGGUAUACUCCUGCGUACGAUCACUUCGCUACAAGACGUCACAACGUUGGCGACGGACUUCGAUGACCAUCCCUUUGAUCCGUAUGAAAAGCACGAGGACAACUAUUGGGGUUUGUUGGCGCUGGUUUUGGUCUUCGCCACCGCCGCCGGCAAUAUUCUCGUCUGUCUGGCGAUCUACUUGGAGCGCCGCUUGCAGAAUGUGACCAAUUAUUUUCUCAUGUCGCUGGCGAUCACUGAUCUUAUGGUGGCGGUGCUGGUGAUGCCACUCGGCAUACUGACGCUGGUGAAGGGUUAUUUUCCGCUCAGCUCGUUGUGGUGUCUCGCUUGGAUUUGUCUGGAUGUGCUCUUCUGCACGGCGAGUAUUAUGCAUCUCUGCACCAUUUCGGUGGAUCGCUUCUUCUCGCUGGCGUUCCCCAUGCGUUUUGGUCGGAAUAAGACGAGUCGGCGUGUUUUUUUGAAAAUCGGUCUUGUAUGGUUCCUAUCGGUAGCAACGAGUUUGCCGUUAUGCUUGAUGUACUCGCAGAAUCACGCUUCGGUGCUAAUUAACGGUACUUGUCAGAUACCGGAUCCUAUUUACAAAUUAGUUGGAUCGAUAAUUUGCUUUUACAUUCCACUCUUCGUUAUGCUACUCACAUAUUGUUUGACUAUACGCCUCUUGGCGAAGAAAAGUCAUAACCUUGGCGGCAUGUGUCAACCGCAACCGCCCGGCUGGGCGAGCACUUGGCUUGGACAAAGCAGCGCGUUCGAACGCCGUCGCACAUGGCGACGUUUCCUCAGACCGAGCUCUACCGCAGUGACACAAUCGGCGCAAUCGGCCAACUCCACCGACACCGAGUUGUCCACGCUGGACACACACGAACUGUGGCUAGCCGAAUCAAACACUACGGAGCCGACAGCGACCACCAUGACGGCGCUGCAGCAAUUCGGUGCCGAAAUGUUGAAGCUGUCGCGUGGCCUGGAAUCGGUGGCUUCCUCUUCGACCACCUGCUCGCCAACCAAAUCCGAAUUUUCAUCAACAAAUCACUUCACCAGCAGCAGUCCGCAGCACUACUCGGCCAACAAGCAGUCCAAUCAACAACAGCAACAGCAUGUGAGUAGGGAGCAUUUACAAAUACCCACAGCGGCGCUUGCGGCUUCUACGGCAGAUAGUACGCUGCUGCUGCGCGGCACAAGUUUGCGGCGGAGCGCGCGCAGAGGACGUAAAAGAUCGCUUUCGCCGUCUUGCAAACCGCAACACGCAAUGAUGACCACUAAAAGUCGGCGCCGCUAUUCCACAGCUACGCAGGGCGCACGCGAAGUGCGCGCCGAUACGCCACCACCGCAGCGACGCAAUCGUUUCAACAGUUUGCCGAAAAAUGCGCUGCUCCUCCUCUCCCGCCAAUCCAGUCAAGCGACAAGCAGCACGGAAGGCAAUGGCACACCCGCAAAAGGACAUUCCGACACGGAGGUAGAGCAAAACGGCAAAGCGCAAUGUCAGCGCAGCAACGAUAAACAAGCAGAACUGCCACCUAUCUGUACAUGCCCCUACUUUGGCGAUCGACCGCUGCAGAAUUGUGUCAAACCGACCGAGGUGAAAAUCAUACCCACCACAUUCAAGGUGACCAAUGUAAUGGAAAUGGAAAAUUUACUAAAUCCACCGGAAGAAGAAUUGACUAGCAUAUUGGUUACUAGCAACAGCACUGACGAUGGCAACGCCGUCACACAUCUGAGUCCCAACACAGCCGAACGCAUGAACAACAAACACAGUGCUAGUUCGCUAACUGUACACUCCAGUGAUGGCAGCACGCCGAGUAGUUACUUGAGUGUCGCAGCUCAGCCGGGUACACCGUGCCCAAGGCGUCGUAAACUCAGUAUUUCGAAAACCGCAUCGGUUAUCACCUGGGAUGCGAGUCGUCAACGUAGACGCGGUUCUAGCUUCGGCAGUGCGCACACUACGCUACUGCUGACACCAACUAAAACCGGCACGGUACUCACGAGCUCCUCUUCAGCAACACCGUUGCGGCGUUCCGCCACGUUACGCAGUCACAACAACAUGAAUUAUCUGCAAGUUUCCACGGCCUGCGAUGGCACAGCGAAUGUCGUCGAGGCGGGCCGUUUUCGUACAAAAUCUAGCACCCCACAUUCCUCACCAUGUCUACUGCAACGCAACCAAACUGUACGCUCACAUCAUUCGCGUAACUCAAGCGUGAUUUCACGCAACUCCUCACGUCACGGCCGUAUCAUCAAACUCGAACAGAAGGCGACCAAGGUCCUGGGUGUGGUAUUCUUCACGUUCGUCAUACUUUGGUCACCAUUCUUUGUGCUCAAUUUGCUGCCGACAAUAUGCGGUGAUUGUGAGAAUCGUAUAGCGCACUGGGUCUUCGAUGUAGUCACCUGGCUGGGCUAUGCCUCGUCCAUGGUGAAUCCCAUCUUCUACACCACCUUCAAUGAAGUGUUUCGUAAAGCCUUCAAGAAGGUGCUCACUUGCCAAUACUCGACUACGACCAGUUGGAAUCCGAGCAUGUAGCAGCAACUGGAAAUUACGAAGACGAAAGUCAAGCAACAGCCGUCGGAUACGAGCUCAUCCGGUCUAUUGGCGAUUAUUAAACGUCGCAGCUCGUCAAGUCGCAGCGGUAGCCGCAGUAGAUAGAUAAGGGAGUUUGGCACAGACUGUGUACAGCUUUGAAUGGGUGUGUGUAAGGUAGUGUGCAUGUGUUUAUAUAAGUGUGUGUGUGGUUUGUGAGUGUGUGCUGAUUGUAGUCAAGUAAAUAGAUUAAUAUUUAAUGUAUUAAGUAACACAGUGAACUAAGCUCUUAGCUAAUUUAUAGUGUUUAAGUGAAAUUUGUAUAUAUGUAUGUAUGUGUGUAUGUAUUAAUAGUAUGUGUGUGGUUUGCAGCAGAAAUUUUAAGAAGCCACAUACUUCAUUGCAUGUAUUCCCAUAAGCUCUCGGGAUAGUGUGUAACUAGCUAGAUGCAUUUAGAUAUUGGUAUAUUAGGGUGGUCCUUAUUCAUAUAAAGAAGUUUUAUACACUAGAUUCUCUAAACCUUCAAUUCUACAAUGCAGUCGAAGACCUCACUUAUAAAUUUAAGCAGCUUGUAACACCACAAAUAGAACGCUUACCAUAGACAUCUAUCUAAGGGUAAUGUAGAUGGUGGACAGACAAGAAGACUUCUACUUUUAGAAAAAUAUGGUUAGGGUUAUCUACAGGGCAUCUACCUCUGAGAUCUCAUCUUCAGGAACUUGGUAAAAUGUAAACUACGAUAAGAGCAACCUCCAGUCUGUUUGACGUGGAACCUGCUGACGACAGCCUUAACCCACGGCGCUCAAAAGCACAACGGAUCAAAUCAAUGCGUAGAGCAGCGCCCUGAAAAUGCCAGGUAUUUUCAGCACCAAUUGACGAUGUGAAAUGGACACACUAACUACCUUGAUAGGGUUCGAGGCCCAUCCAAAACCUUUGCUGGACCUUGGCUCCGGCACCUGGUUGCAAUGCAACUCCACAUUUAACUGACAAAGUGUCAGUUCCUUAAGCACAACUACCUCGAUACUGCCCGAGCGGCAGGUUGGUCCAUAUGAGCAGCUUGGAGCGAACUCCAAGGUCUUCUGCUCCCCGUGUUUUCAGAAUUAAGUCUCCGGUUAGACCUCGUACCCGAAACUACCACCAGUUGA